CGCGUCAGCAAAAAACCACGUCAACGUCAGCAUUCUGUUGCUCCCUCUUGCGCCAGGAGGAGAGAACGAAGGAAAGAGAACGAGCGAAAGGGAAAGAAGACGAACACGCCACACCACAACACACCACAACAAACCACACGAGCCAGCGACACAAGCCAGCGAGACAGGGAGGCCUGAAGUCCCACUCACAGCAAGCACAGCACGUACAAGCAAGCAAGCAACGCAUAGCACAAACGAGGGCAUGUCUUUCUUCCAGCGUGUUGCCUCCUGGCUGGCCAACGAGGCCAUUACCGGCUCGCUUGCGCGGUCCAAGACAUUCCAGCGGUUUGCACAGGUGUCUCACCAGCACGUGCAGAACAUCUCCAGCCAAGGUGUGCGUGCCGCGGAGAAGCUCAAGUCGAGCGAAGCCGCUCGCAACCUUUCCUCAGAGGCAAAUCAGAAGUUUGGUCAGGUGCGAACAUUCAGCCAAAGCUUCCUCCGCAACAUCAAGGAGGUAUGCGCUUAUGCUUAA